CAACCGUGAGCUUGUGUGAUCUUGUUUUAUACCCUCGAUUCUUCCUUCUUUUGCGAACUGGUCUUCUUUGGAACCUCGAUAUAAUUCUUCGAGACUCCUUCCUUUCUUUUGCUCAGCCAUUCCUCGUCUACUCGCAUCUCCAUCCUCUUCUCUGUUUGCGCCAAUACACACAACGCAACCAGCAACACCCACUCCCCCAUUCAGUCUUUGACAGUCUCAUCACUUGCACAAGACUGCUAUCCAUUCUUUAUUCCAGAGCCGGAGACGACCUGACGAGAAACCAAAACCACUCUUUUCCUGUCAGACCAAUUGCCUGGGCAAUUGUAUAAUACGGAACGCUACUAUAUCCAUAACUAUAACACUUAAUAUUUAAAUAUUAUUCGGAAGCAACCACAGAGAGAAACUAUGGACGGCAUGAUGUCUCAAGCUAUGGGACAGCAGGCGUUCUACUUUUACAACCACGACCACAAGAUGGCCAGACAAGCCAUUUUCGCACAGCAGAUGGCCGCCUACCAGAUGGUGCCGACCCUGCCGCCUACUCCCAUGUACUCUCGACCAAACUCCUCCUGCUCUCAGCCACCGACCCUCUACAGCAACGGCCCUUCAGUCAUGACUCCCACAAGCACACCUCCGCUGUCUCGCAAGCACAUGAUGCUGGACGCAGAGUUUGGCGACAACCCAUACUUCCCCUCCACUCCCCCUCUGUCCACCUCGGGCAGCACCGUUGGCAGCCCCAAGGCCUGUGACAUGCUCCAGACCCCCAUGAACCCCAUGUUCUCUGGCCUGGAGGGCAUCGCCAUGAAGGAGUCCGUCGACGCUACGGAGAGCCUGGUCGUUGACUGGGCCAGCAUCGUCUCGCCACCCUUGUCGCCUGUGUACUUUCAAUCUCAGGUUAGCAAGGUGCCUUCGCCUACCUCCAGCCCAAGCGACAUCCUGUCCACAGCCUCAUGCCCUUCUCUGUCUCCCUCGCCAACUCCCUAUGCGCGCUCUGUCACAUCUGAGCACGAUGUUGAUUUCUGCGAUCCUCGCAACCUGACCGUCUCUGUUGGCUCUAACCCCACUCUGGCCCCGGAGUUUACCCUGACUGGCCUGGCCGAGGACAUUAAGGGCGAGCAGCUGUCCACCGCUGCUGCCCAGCCCACCUUCGACUUCAACCCAGCGCUGCCAAGCGGUUUGCCGACCUUUGAGGACUUUUCCGAUCUGGAGUCCGAGGCCGACUUCAGCAACCUGGUCAACCUUGGCGAGGUCAACCCCAUUGACAUCUCCCGCCCACGUGCCUGCACCGGCUCCUCUGUUGUUUCUCUGGGCCACGGAAGCUUCAUCGGUGACGAGGAGCUGAGCUUCGACGACAGCGACGCCUUCCAGUUCCCUUCUCUGCCCAGCCCUACUUCAUCUGUCGAUCUCUCCGACGUCCACCAGGACAAGAGACGAAAGAAGGAGAAGAAGGAGACCAAGCCCAUCAUGAACACUGCUGCUAGCGGCUCUCAGUCUGGCAACGAGCAGAUUGGCGCUACCCAGGCUGCCUCUGCUGCCUCCGACUCCAAUGCCUCCUCCGCUUCUGAGGACCCAUCUUCUUCCAUGCCUGCUCCCACCAACCGCCGUGGCCGCAAGCAAUCCCUGACCGAGGAUCCCUCCAAGACCUUCGUCUGCGACCUCUGCAACAGACGCUUCCGUCGCCAGGAGCACCUGAAGCGACACUACCGCUCUCUGCACACUCAGGAGAAGCCUUUUGAGUGCAACGAGUGUGGCAAGAAGUUUUCUCGCAGCGACAACCUGGCUCAGCACGCCCGCACCCACGCCGGCGGCGCCAUUGUCAUGAACCUCAUUGAGGAUGGCUCCGAAGUCCCCACCUUUGAUGGCGGCAUGAUGACUGGUCCAGUAGGUGAUGACUACAACACCUAUGGCAAGGUCCUGUUCCAGAUUGCGUCUGAGAUUCCUGGAAGCGCCAGCGAGCUCUCUUCAGAAGAGGGCGACCAGGGCAAGAAGAAGCGCAAGCGCUCUGACUAAACGAUUGGUCUAUGACAUAUCUAUACACACGCCUGACAUGAUAAUUCUUACCAAUUCUUGCUACACUUCCCUCACUGCUUGAGGAGAAGUGUAAGCCCUAUUUUCAACACAUACACUUUUACCUAGAGGAGGGUAUACACUACAUACAGGGAAAAAGCUCAAGCGGUUAUGAUUGCAUUUUCAAACCUUUCAGUUCUUGUAUCGACUUGCAACAUCAUACUGAUGAUAUUCUUUUUAUAUCGGGAUUACUUAAUCCCCUUAUCUUUUCUACACUUUAUUUUUUUUACUACUUUUUUUGCAUCAUGACGAAAAGUUCGACCCAGAUCGAACUCGGAAGAGGACAUGAGUUUUUUUUUU